AUGACCAGAGAGACCACACCUCCUCCACCAGGCACCACCACCAAGACCACCACCAGCACUACUGCCAUCCCCCACGAACCCCCGUCUCUGCCUGCCUCUCCGCUCCCGAAAAGACCCAAAGCUAUCACCAUGGCCCUCGACACCGCCGUUACCACCCUCGCACAACCCCUACCUCCUCUUCUAGUCAAGAAGCUCACCGAAGCCGGUCGCGCACCUACCCGUGGCUCAGCCUUUGCUGCAGGCUACGACGUUUAUAGUGCAAAGGAGACCGUCGUCCCUGCCAAGGGCAAGGCGCUCGUCGAUACGGGCAUUGCCAUUGCCGUUCCGGAAGGCACAUAUGGCCGAAUUGCCCCCCGCAGUGGCCUCGCGUCAAAGCACUUCAUCGACACGGGCGCCGGCGUGAUUGAUGCCGAUUAUCGUGGUGAAGUCAAGGUUCUGCUCUUCAACUUCUCCGAUGUCGAUUUCACGGUCAAGGAAGGCGAUCGGAUUGCUCAAUUGGUUCUGGAGCGGAUCUAUACCCCUGAAGUGAUGGUCGUCGAGGAGUUGGAAGAAAGUGUCCGUGGGGCGGGUGGAUUCGGCAGCACGGGGAAAUAA